AUGCCCAAUCUGAGCUUCACCUCUCUCUCUCUACGUACUCUCACUCGAACCGCACAGCAAAUUCCCGUUCUUCGAUCUCGAAAUCUCGUCAACUUGUCCCUGCUCGCUCCAAAACAAAGUAAAGUGAUGGCACCCACCUCGAAUAUUGCCCAUCGGGCAUACAGUCAAAACCGUUACUCGUGAGUCAUUCAUUGUUUUUAUACCAUUUUCCAAAAAGGGGAAGAUUUUGACAAUAAUUCACAGACCGCCUGAUACUUCUCAUUCUGUAAAGGCUAGGAGAGCUCUUGGAACUCAUGGUCUUGUACCGUAUGUGGUGGAGAGCUAUGAGGUGCAAGCCCAGAGAUGUACGGUGACCGCAUCUAAUGGUUGAAACAUCCUUCUUUGCUAAUCAAUUGAUCAGGUCUGAAGCAAUUGGAGUCCAAGACCAGUGCGAUUGAGAAAUACAUAUAUCUCAGUAAUUUGAGAAACUCCAAUGUUCAUCUUUUCUACCGUUUGGUUCUUGAUAACUUUACUGUAGGUUGUUUUGGUCCCCGAGAUCGGGUUAUACAAAGAUCACGGGACUUGGUGACUGAUGCACUUACGUAUAGACCCUUACACCUUUAAUCUACACUCCUGUCGUCGGGGAGGCUUGCUUGAAGUGGUCGCAUAUAUAUCAACAGCCUGAAGGUAUGUCGAACUCAGUCCCUUAUAUUUUUGGGAGUUUUAUCAUCACGUGACCAGAAUGACUGACCACUUCCAGGCAUGUACCUCUCCUAUCAGGAUCGAGGUUCAAUAAAGGAUAUUCUUCAAAAUUGGCCUCAACCAAAUGUAGAAAUGACUGUCGUUACCGAUGGUGUAAGUAUACCCUAGUUCAUUUCCAUUGCUUCCGUUUUGUCUCCCACGUCCCGAAUCAUUUCUAAUUCUUCAAUACAGAGCAGAAUCCUUGGUCUCGGAGAUUUAGGCAUCAACGGCAUGGGUAUUCCUGUUGGAAAGCUUGCUUUGUAUACGGGGUGUGCUGGAAUCCGACCAGAGGUCACUCUUCCAUUAACUUUGGAUUUGGGUACCAACAAUGAAACACUUCUUAAUGAUCCAUUAUAUAUGGGGGGUCGAACGAAGCGAGUAACAGAAGCUCAAGAGGCAGAAUUUCUCGAGGAGCUGAUGGUUGCUAUCAAUCAAGUUUGGCCUGGGUGAGUUUUGUUUCCAUGGAGAAAUGGGAUGGCGCUAACGCAAGAUAGGAUUGUGGUUCAAUUCGAAGACUUCAAGAACCCAUUUCCAGCUCUUGAAAAGUACCAGUACAAAUACACGUGCUUCAAUGAUGAUAUCCAAGGAACGGGUGCUGUCAUUCUCGCCGGUAUAAUUACUGCUCUCAAAAAGUCUGGUAUCCCAGUAAAAGACCAGCGAGCUGUUUUCAUGGGUGCCGGAAGUGCUGGUGUGGGAGUUGCUAAGCAAAUUGUGGAAUAUUUCAUCAAGGAAGGAUUGACAGAGGAUGAAGCCAGAAAGCGCUUCUGGUUUGUUGACACCAAAGUAAGUUUAUCCUUUAGUCUACCACUUUCCCGACAAGAAGGCUUACAACCACACAGGGACUCAUCACAAAUGAUCGAGGUGAUAAGUUGGCCCAACACAAGAUCUACUUCUCCCGUGAUGACAACGAGAGUCAACAAUUCAAAUCUCUCCCCGAAAUUGUCGACUACGUCAAGCCAACAAUUCUAAUGGGUCUCUCCACCAUCCGCGGCAUUUUCGAUGAAACACUUCUAAACAAAAUGGCUACCCUCAACAAAAACCCUAUCAUUUUCCCUCUCUCAAAUCCUUCCAGCAACGCAGAAUGCACAUUUGAAGAAGCAAUGAAAUACACUAACGGAACAGCCCUUUUCGCAAGUGGUAGUCCCUUCCCUAAUUACACCCACGCCGACGGCAAGGUCUCAAAAUGCAGCCAGGGAAAGUAAGUAUCCUCCAUCCAACACGUAAUAUCUGAGCACAACUAACGUCCUUAGCAACAUGUACGUUUUUCCAGGCAUAGGACUUGGCUCCAUUCUUUGCAAAGCCCAAAAUAUCUCCCAAGAAAUGAUCUACACAUCCGCCACCUCUCUCUCCUCGACGCUCACCGAUGCAGAGUAUGACUCCGGGAUGCUGUAUCCUGAAUUAGACCGUAUCCGUGCUGUUUCUGUCAUCGUCGCCCGUGAUGUUAUCCGUGAGGCCCAACGAGAGGGACUAGAUCGUGAGCCGAAGUUGCGCAAUAUGUCGGAUGAAGAACUAGAUACGUGGAUUGAAUCGAAGAUGUAUGAUCCUAGGGCUGAAGACGGGUUUCUGGAGUUGGAGCGUGAGAGAGUUGAGAGUUUGCUGCGAGAGAGUGAGGUGGGUGAGUUCCAGGUGAGAGAGAAGUUGGUGGGUAAGUUGUGAAGUAGAUGGCUGGAUGGAUGUUGAAGGUGUGAAAUGCGAAUGCGCGAAAGGCCAUUAUGUGGAGGGGUUUGGCAGCAAGGGAAAGUGGAAAAGUGAGGUUGUAAGAAUUGUGUUUGCUUAUAGGGUGGUGGCAUAACUCUAGAGUGAGCUUUGCGAGAGAGGGUACAUAAUUUAAUUUGCAAAUUCGCUUUACGGAAAAGGGGAGCUGUGUGAUGUUUUUAUACGUGUG